AUGCUUGAUGGGCAUGUUAUGGACCAGAAGAUGACGGCGAAUGAAGUGAUUGCGCCAUUUGCGGACUAGGGUUUAUCAAUGGAGUCCUCGUUUCAAAGUCGUGGAGUGGGUAAAGGCCCUAUUAAAGAGUUCCACAUCAAUCUCCCCGUCCUCUCUAACUUCUCCAACUGGAUGCAGAGUAUGUUCCAUCACUUCAAUUGCCUCGCAUCCAGGGUUGUCUAAGGAUCAAAGCUUAUUCCAGAUAUCUUUCAGCGAAAUGGGACAAGUCCUAGUCGUUGGUAUCGGAGUUGCUGGGUGCGCUCUGCUGCAGCUCGCAUGGCACAUCUGGAAACGUCUCGUAUCCGUUUCUACACGUCCUGUUCGUGACAAUCCAAGACUUCGUGCUAUGGCUGAAAGCGAGAGUGGUGAAGAGUACGUGCGGGGGAUUGCAGGGCUUGCCGCGCAGAACGCGAGCGAAGCAGCCCGCGUAGCAGAGGAAGCUCAGCGACAGUCAGAGCAGGCUAUCCGGGACAAGGUUAGAGCUCUACACCGCGAAGUGGAGCUCACUCGUGAAGUUGGGAGGGCGAAGAGAAGGCAGCGGACUCUCGAGGCAGAAGGUGAUCCAUUACUUGGUCUAUUCUGGCGCGGCGGUAAAGGGCCCAGCGUCGAACGUUUGGACGAAGUUCGGAGAGAAACAGAGAGAAUUCAAGAAAAGGCCAAGAAAGCUCGGCAAAAUUCCAUGGAAAUCGUCGAAAGGGUAAAGGUUACACAAGCGGUGAUGGAGAAAACUGCACGAGAGGCUGAAGAAAGCACGCGGACUGCUAAGGAGGUGCAGGCCGAUGCAGAGGAAUGCCUCAAGAGGGGUAUACGGCCGGUCGUCAUACCCACAUUGGAGGAGAUAUCCGCAGCGAAAAAAAGGGUGCAAUACGAGCAAGGUCGCUUCCAUUUCGCUGUCGCGGGUGUCGCGGGAAGUGGCAAGUCAUCGUUUGUCAAUGCCAUCCGUGGGGUGGAUGCUCAGCACCAAGAUGCCGCAGAAAGUGGAAUCGUCGAAACUACUGUCACGAUAGGUCGAUAUCCCGACCCGAACCCUGAUUUGCCGUUCGUGUGGUACGACAUUCCAGGAGCAGGGACUCUGCAACAACCAGACUGGCUGUACUUCAACACACAGGGCCUUUUCGUGUUUGAUUGCGUCGUUGUUCUAUUUGACAAUCGUUUCACGGAGACAGACAUCGCAAUCUUGACAAACUGUAGGAGAUUCCAGAUCCCCACGUAUAUCGUUCGCUCGAAAGCGGACAUCCACAUCCGUAAUAUCAUGCACAAGGAUGGGUAUGACAGUGAUCGUGACGAUAGAGCUGUACGCGAGUCACUGUUUCCUGAUGCUCGCAGACGGUUCAUUACGGAUACGCGAGCAAGUGUCAAGAAAAACCUGAAGGAAGGUGGCCUACCUGACCAACGGGUCUACAUGAUCUCCAACAGCACGCUGUUGUCGAUUGUCAGGGACCGCUCACUCUGGGCACCUCACAAAAUCAUCGAUGAGUUGGAAUUGAUUAAAGAUAUCCUUGACGAGGUUUGUUCUCAUCGUUGUGCAGACCGCGCGAACGAUGAUGACUGCCUGGUUUAGAUGACCUACGGACCUGCUUCUUCGAUAUUGGUUUGAAACGUGUGCACAUAUCUCCAUGUAUUUUAGAGCAACUGCAGAAUACUCUGUUCAGCGUGAGAAAGAAGUCUUAUCUGCUGC